CCCACGGUUCCCGCCGCGGCCCAGGCGCCUGCUGAGGCCGCGCCUGCCCCGGCCCCGGCGCCGCUGUCCGCUUGGGCCUCCCAUGGCGCAGCCGGACCCUGGAAGAGGAGAGGCCCCUUCCGAUGUUUCUCUCCAGCAACGAGUGGCAGAGCUGGAAAAAGUCAAUGCAGAAUUUGCACGCACCAAGCAGCAGCUGGAGCAGGAAUUUAACCAAAAGAGAGCCAAGUUUAAAGAGCUGUAUUUGGCCAAAGAAGAGGACCUGAAAAGGCAGAAUGCCGUCCUGCAGGCAGCACAGGAUGACCUCGGGCACCUCCGGACGCAGCUGUGGGAAGCCCAGGCUGAGAUGGAGAACAUCAAGGCCAUCGCCACGGUGUCGGAGAACACCAAGCAAGAGGCAAUAGAUGAGGUGAAGAGACAGUGGCGAGAAGAAGUCGCCUCUCUUCAGGCCGUCAUGAAAGAGACGGUCCGUGACUAUGAACACCAGUUUCACCACAGGCUGGAGCAGGAGCGAGCGCAGUGGGCCCAGUAUCGCGAAGCCGCAGAAAGGGAGAUCGCCGACUUACGCAGACGCUUGUCUGAAGAGCAGGAGGAGGAAAAUCUGGAGAACGAGAUGAAAAAGGCCCAAGAGGAUGCGGAAAAACUGCGUUCUGUGGUGAUGCCGAUGGAGAAAGAGAUUGCGGCUCUGAAGGAUAAACUGACUGAGGCCGAGGAGAAGAUUAAGGAACUGGAGGCGUCCAAGGUGAGGGAGCUCAACCACUACUUGGAGGCCGAGAAGUCCUGUCGGACUGACCUGGAGAUGUACGUGGCCGUCCUGAACACCCAGAAGUCUGUCUUACAGGAAGACGCAGAGAAGCUGCGCAAGGAGCUGCACGAAGUGUGCCGCCUGCUGGAGCAGGAGCGCCAACAGCACAACCAGCUCAAGCACACUUGGCAGAGGGCCAACGACCAGUUCCUGGAGUCCCAGCGGCUGCUCAUGAGGGACAUGCAGCGCCUGGAGGUGGUGCUCACCUCGGAGCAGCUGCGGCAGGUGGAGGAGCGCAAGAAGAGGGAUCAGGAGGAAGACGAGCAGCAAAGACUCAGCAAGACCAAGGAGCCAGAGUCGGGGGGCCCAGAAGACGAGGCCAAGGGGCCCGCCACAGUCUUUGCUCUGCCACAGGACGAGCCGUUCCCUCCCUCCGAGGAGGAACAUUUAGACAGCACGCACGGCUCGGUCCAUUCCUUGGAUGCCGACCUACUGCUGCCGUCGGGUGAUCCGUUCAGCAAGCCCGACGGCGGCGGCGACGUGUUUAAAGAUGGCCUUCGGAGAGCCCAGUCCACGGACAGCCUGGGCACGUCGGGCUCGUUGCAGGCCAAGGCUCUGGGCUACAACAACAAAGCCAAGUCUGCCGGGAACCUCGACGAGUCAGACUUCGGGCCGCUGGUGGGAGCCGAUUCGGCGUCCGAGAACUUUGAUACGGCCUCUCUGGGAUCCCUGCAGAUGCCAAGUGGGUUCAUGUUGACCAAAGAUCAGGAAAAGGCAAUCAAGGCCAUGACCCCCGAGCAGGAGGAGACGGCUUCCCUCCUCUCCAGCGUCACCCAGGGGGUGGAGAGUGCGUACGUGUCUCCCAGCGGCUACCGCCUCGUCAGCGAGACCGAGUGGAACCUCCUGCAGAAGGAGGUACAGAAUGCGGGAAACAAGCUUGGCCGGCGCUGUGACAUGUGCUCCAACUAUGAGAAGCAGCUCCAGGGCAUCCAGACUCAGGAGGCAGAGACCCGAGACCAGGUGAAGAAGCUUCAAGCAAUGCUCAGACAGGCGAAUGACCAGCUCGAGAAGAUGGCAAAGGACAAGCAGGGCCUGGAGGAGCUAAUGAGGCAGAGCUCAGAGGAGUCGGGGCGCCAGGUCUCGGCCCUCGCUCUCCGAACCCACGAGUCGGAGCUCCUGCUCCUUGAGCUUCAGCAAGCCUUCUCCCAGGCCCAGAGGAACACGCAGGAGCAGAUGGGCGUGCUCACGCAGUCCAGGGAGCAGGUGUCGGAGGAGCUGGCCAGGCUGCAGAAGGAGAACGAGAGCCUGCAGGGGAAGCGCGGCCUCCACCUGGCCUUGCAGCAGGCCGAGGACUUCGUCCUCCCAGAGUCGGUGGAGGAGCUGCGGGAGCUGGUGCUGAAGUACCGGGAGAGCCUGGUCAGUGUGAGGACGGCCGCUGACCACGGGGAAGAAAAGCUGAAGGCCGAAAUCCUCUUCUUGAGGGAUCAGAUCCAAGCGGAGCAGUGUCUGAAGGAGAACCUCGAGGAGACGCUGCAGCUUGAGAUCGAGACGUGCAAAGAGGAGAUCGCUUCUAUCUCCAGUCUGAAGGCAGAGUUGGAGAGGACUCGAGCCGACAGGGAGCAGUUGGAAUCGACCUUACGAGAGAGAACGGAGCAGCUGGAAAGCCUACGGGAGACAGAGAUGGCUUUGGGAGAGCAGCUGAAGAGAGAGACUAUGGCCAAGACAAAUGUGGAGCAGCUGAUGUUCGAGGAGAAGAACAAGGCGCAGCGUCUGCAGACGGAGCUGGAUGUCAGCGAGCAGGUGCAGAGAGACUUUGUCAAACUGUCCCAGACGCUGCAGGUCCAGCUCGAGCGGAUCCGGCAGGCCGACUCUUUGGACAGAGUCCGGGCCAUCCUCAAUGACACAAAACUGACAGACAUCAACCAGCUCCCCGAGACAUGACAGCUCAAGCCUGGGCCUCCCGGCCUGCGGUGGGGGUUUUUAACUCAUCUUUAUAGCAACGUUAAUUCUUAUUUAACUCUUAACGGAACAGGGAAGGAGGAAAGACUCUUGGUUGGGCGGGCAGGCCAGCUGGCCGGCGGGGGAAGAGCGCUCCUGAGGCUGGCCAUCCCGGGCCACGGAGGCUCGGGCAACAUUCCCCCAAGGGGCCCGGCGGCUUUUGGAAGGCGGGACGAGGAACGGCGCCCCUAGGGUCAGUCCGGAACAGUAUUCGGCUAGGAGACAGGGUAGGUCUGCUGUAUGAAUAUUUUAUAUUAAAAUAUGAAUUUGUGAGCUGG